AUGUUAUUUAAACCGUUCACUUUGAUUCGGACGUUCUAUCAUGAUUGCUUUUUAGUGCGAUCCUAUCCGUUAAUUUCCUUUUUUCUCCUUCACAAUGCAGACUUUUCCCCUAGAAUCAAGAGCAAUUUCUGCCUUAUCGUUGUCGGGGUUGUUUUUCGGGGAAACCAAGUUCUCCUCAUUCAGGAAUCGAAGCGUUCAUGUUAUGGGAAGCUAUUUCUUCCUGCCGGACGUCUUGAACCUCACGAAACCCUACUUGUACGUAUUCGGUCUGCUUCAAGCGGUUCGCCGUUCAGUUUUUUGAAUCUCUUUUUUUCAAUAUGCCUGGUUCCUUUAUUAUUUUCAUUUAUUUUCACACGUCUGAAUUCAGACUGUGUGCCAAAUAAAUCAUGGUACAAUAAUCUUUACGAAGAAGAAAAACGUUCCAUGAUUUGCAUGUGGGCCAGGUUGCCCAGACCAAGGUAG